AUGGCACACUACAACAACAAACGAAACAACGCGAACACUUCAAAUAUCAAUGUUCGUGACCUACCUUCAAGUGGUUUCGACCUCUCUUACAAGUCGAAAGAUAGCGGGGCAAUCGGCUUUCGCAAAUUAGUCGGCUAUGAAUACUGCAUGAGUGGUGACAAAAUGCGUAUCAACACGGCCGCAGACUUGCAGUUCCAACCAACUAAUGCUCCAAUGCUCCCUGCAAUGGAUAUGCGCAUAGAGCACACCUUUAUACCGUUCCGCAAUGUAAAUAUGGACUAUGAAGAUACCUUAUCAUUUGAUAAGGGUGUCGCAUGGGAAACAAGUGACUAUCCACAUUGCCAACUUGUUGACUUGGUGGACGUUUUUCAACUCGUUUCAAAACAAGACGUUCCUCUAGUUAACAAUAUGUAUGACUUGUACGCGGCUGACAUUGCAGAUAACCCUAAUGUUGACUCUUUUGUUACUUGGUACAUUGAACCACUUCUCACCAAUCUUGAACGUGAAUCUGCACGUUAUUACGUUGACGAUUUUUGGUUUGACUUUGUUAGUCAUGCCAAACGCCUUGAAUCUGGUUGGCAAAAUAUGACUUCAGACGCCAAGGUUGAAGUAAUUGCACGUAUUACGUAUGAUAUGUAUCGUUAUUUCUUUGGUGAAGGUUCUGCUCUUGACGUUCUCAAUGCUCCAAUCCUUCAUUAUAAGGACUAUCGUUCUAUGAUUGAA